AUGGCUCUGUGGUCUAGACGAAUGAUUCGUGUUUCGGGUACACGAGGUCCCGGGUUCAAUUCCCGGCAGAGCCCUCAAUAUUUUGCGCCAAAUGACAUUUGCCUGAAACUAAGCAUCCCAAUUAACGAUAUGCUACGACAUUACCUGAGCGGUGCAGACAUACAGUUUCUUAAAGCCACAAGCCAUUUUCGACAGCGUGAUAACAAGUUACAGAAGGCUUUGAAAGCAACGGCAAAGAGAAUAAUGGGAACCGAAAGAGUGGAAAGAGACAUCGUAACGCGUCGGGAUUCGGAUGAACGGAAUAAGGAUAACGAGAGCGGGGCGGCGAAGAUGAGAAACUUGUGUCACGAAGAUAUAAAGUCUACUCGCGAGAUCUAA